AUGGCUGCCCGAGCCCUGCCGUCCCAGGCCCAGCCGUCGCCCCUUCACGGCGGCCCUGCCGAGGCACAAACGGCCCGCCAUGGGUACCUGUUUGGCCAGAAAAUCACGCACUCGCUGUCGCCGUUUCUGCACCAGCUCGUCUACGAGGAGCUCGGUCUGCAGUGGGCCCAGCUGCGGCUCGACUCGGCCGACAUGGCGCACUUUCUCGAGCUGGUCCAGCAUCCCUCCUUCUACGGCGCCUCCGUCACCAUGCCCAACAAGGUGGCCCUGCUGGCGCACCUCGACGAGGCCACCGACGAGUGCCGCGACGUCGGCGCCUGCAACACCCUCUUCCUCCGGGAGCGCGGCGGCAAGCGCCUCCUGUGCGGCGCAAACACCGACGUCUUGGGCGUCCGCGGCUCGUUCCAGCACAACGUGGCCGACCCGGCGCGCGUGCUGCACGACCGCCCGGCCCUGGUGGUGGGCGCGGGCGGCGCCGCCCGCAGCGCCGUCUACGCCCUGCGCAAGUGGCUCCGCGCCACCGACAUCUACCUGGUCAACCGGGACGCCGCCGAGGUGCGCGCCGUCAUCGCCGAGUGCGCGGCGCGCGGCUACGGCCACCGCCUGCGCCACGUCGCCACCGUGGCCGAGGCCCGCGCGGCGCAGGGCCCCGGCGCCGUGGUCGCCUGCGUCCCGGACCUGGAGCCGCGCACCGAGGCCGAGCGGCGCGCCAGGCUCGUCACCGAGGUGCUGCUCGGCAAGGACCACAAGGGGGCCAUGCUGGACAUGUGCUACACCCCGUCGCCGCUGACGAGGCUGGGCGCCCUGGCCGAGCGCCAGGGCUGGCAGGUCAUCCUGGGCACCGAGGCCAUGAUAUGGCAGGGGCUGGAGCAGGACAGCUACUGGACGGGGCUGCCGGUCGACGAGCUGCCGGCGGCCAAGGUCCAGGAGGCGAUUAGGCGCGAGGUGGCGCAGAGGUCGGUGCCGAGGCUGUUGUCGAGCUUGUAG